AUGCCCGAAUUUUUUGAGACGGGUGGAUCUCCACGAUGCCGUCCCGCGCGGUGCCAGUCUCGACUUUCGGCCCCGGCAGAAGAGGCACCUUUUGGUCCAAGAUCACACUCCGCUCUCCGACCACCGAUCCCGAUUCGCGAUCCGACCACCCAGAGACAGCACCUUGACGGCCACAGCAGGGUUUGGAAUUUGAACAAGGGAGGGAACACACUACAGCUGGGACAAGCCACGACAACUCGAUUACUUUUUGCGCAUAUCCGAAACCUCCAUCUCGAAUUAUCGAUCUAUACCCAGCAACCCGAUCACCGAUCUUCAAAAUGGCCGCCAUGACUGCUGCCGCCCCCGCGAUGCGGCUGUUCAACCCCUCGACCUUCUUCCAGACCCUCAGGACACAGCGCUUCGGUGUCCCCGCCCUCAACUUCGCCGUUCCCGCCGCCGCCAUCUCGCUCCUCCCGUCGAUACCGUCGCUGCUCGAGGACAUCUGGGAGAGCAUCCUGCGCGCCGUGCCCAAGAAGAAGACGUCGCACAUGAAGAAGAGACACAGGCAGAUGGCCGGCAAGGCGCUCAAGGAUGUGACACAUCUCAACAGGUGCCCGGCUUGCGGUAAUCUCAAGAGGAUGCACCACCUGUGCUCCAACUGCUUGGGAAAGCUUAAGGGCUUCAUGGACCGUGAUGGUGGUAGCAACGCCAAGGCAUACUAAGCGGCGCAUGUUGGUUGGGGGGAGGAAGGGAAUAUGGGAUCAGGGCAUGUGAAAAUGCCCGGGCGAAGAAUAGCACUUAACUGGUUGCUAUUUCCCUCCCAUGAUACACACCACCUGUGUACGAUAUAGGUGUCCAUGUGUGAAACGAGACAAUGUAUACUAUCUUGUACAUAUACCAAAAGUGUCUGCGCCGGUAUCGACGAGAAGGGCACCGGUAGCGCUCCCAGGAUACGGACGAUACCACGACUUUGAAAUCAAACCAGUAAAACUCCAAAUUCGCCUUCAGAUGGAAUAUCAAACAGCACGUGUUGACAUUCUCACUAGUCCCAUGUUAAAGGUGGAUUCCAUAUGCGGAUAAGUACGUACCUGUUAAU